AUGCUUCCUCUGGGACUUCUCACGGCCGCUCAGGGCCACCCAAUGUUGGUCGAGCUUAAGAAUGGCGAAACACUGAACGGUCACUUGGUCACGUGCGACAACUGGAUGAACCUGAUUCUGCGCGAGGUCGUACAAACCAGUCCUGAGGGCGACAAGUUCUUCAGACUACCCGAAGUCUAUGUGCGCGGCAACAACAUCAAAUACCUCCGUGUCCCCGAUGAGAUCAUCGAAAUUGUGAAGGAACAGCAACAACAUCAACCACAAAACCGCCGCGGAGGACGAGACGGCGAUCGCGGGAGAGGCCGCGGCCGUGGCGGCCGGGGCCAAGGUCGCGGCCGUGGUGGACGUGGUGGUGUGAUCGUGGGGGUCCUUGAAUUGAGACCUGAUAGGCGUGCUUAUGUAUUGCCUCUUAGGAGCGACGUGAUCAAAGGAACGAGAUACCCUGCAGCAUAG